AUGUCGAACAAGGACGCGCAAGCGCAAGCCAACGCAGCUGCUGAAGCUGCGAAGAAGCUGGACGAAUACAUCGAGAAGUUGGCUCGUCGUUCUCGUGUUCGUGGGGGUCGGCCACUCACAUCGUGCCCUUUGUACAGAAUCCACUACUCUGAUCGCUACUCGGACGACGAAUACGAGUACCGUCACGUUAUCCUUCCGAAGCCGCUCUUCAAGAUGAUCCCAAAGACCUUCUUUAACCCCGACAAGAGCGGCACGCUGCGGCUGCUGAGCGAGCAGGAAUGGAGGGGAAUCGGUAUCACGCAGAGCCUGGGAUGGGAGCACUACGAGGUACAUGCGCCAGAGCCCCAUGUGUUGCUCUUCCGACGACUCAAGAACUUUGUGGCCACACAGGCGCAGCAGCAAGCGCUAGCUAAUGGCAAACCUGGAGGGAAGCUGAUCAGGAAAAAGUGA